GGUGGUCUUGCUGAUGUCAUUGUACCAUUACCAGUGGCUAACUGGAGUUCAAUACUAAUACCUAUGUCCACUAAUGGUCUAUGUCAAGAGGCUGUGAUUAAAUUAAUGAUCAAUCAAUAUUCUAAUAAUUCAGUUUGCUUUAAAAAUGUUCUGGAGCUCAUUUCGCAACCAAUAAUACACUCUUUUUUAAAGGAGAACUCUAAACAUGAUUUGUGUUUGGGUCUCUCUUCAAUGGCUGUUGUUCUCUCUCCAUCGUUAUUGUUUUCAAUUUUAGUGUCUCACAUUUCCGACCCAAUUACUCUUUUUCAGUCCCUUCUUUCUUUGCUUGUUCUACCCAGCAGUGAUUUCAAACCUUUCUUGGAACUGGUAAUGGAUAUGUAUUGUCAUUCACUGGAAGGAGGUUUAGAGGUUUCAUCUAAAAGUGAAAUAUUUCAACCUACAGAUCCUUUCCUUGAUAUUCUUAAUCAAUGUUUGUCUCAAUCAUCAGCUAAAGUUCCAUCUUUCUUAAAGUCACUGCUCACAUGUUCAAGUGUUUGUUCUGAACACUCUCGUUCUCCUCUACUAAAGCCAUUAAUCAUGGACUAUCUCUUCUCUAAACUCUCUCCACUGGAAGAAAAGUGGUUGCUGCAUACUGUCAGAAUCAUAUGCUCUGGAACAAACUCCUCUUAUUGUCAACUACUGUUACUGACUAUCCUUCAGGACUGGACCAAAGAGAAUGAUUCAAAUGAUGAUGCCGAUUUGUGUAAAGUGGAAAUGAUACUUUUUGAAAUGUUUGGAGCUCAAACAACUCAAGAUUUUCAAAUUGUCAAAUGGCCAAUUCACCAGCUGAAAGACACUGUCAAGCAAAAGAUAUGUGAAACAGGAGUAGUCUGGCUACUUAAUGAAAAUGAGAGAUUUCAUUCAUUAAUUAAAGGACUCCUUUGUUCAUUGAGACACUCCAGUCACUACUCCAGUACUACUGCUAUAUGGACAUCAGUUGCUCAAAUUUUAUGAUUGAACUGAUCUUUGAUAAUUUUUCACAAGAAGUUCAUUUUUGGAUGAAAAUUAAAAUUAUUAUUUUUAUAAAAUCAUGAAAUUUAUUCUAAAUGCAGCAUAAGAAGACUUCCCAA